AUGUCCACAUUGUGCAGUGUCAGCGGCCACAAACGCCAGCGGCGGUGGCGUCGAAGUUCGCAGAGCAGAGAAGAGGCAGCCGUGCGCAUGCGCAGUGGCGGCAGCGCGUGGCGGGCAACGGGCACCGGCCGGCAGGCGCCUCCAGUAGCAGCGGGCGCCGCGCACGCGUCUUUGCUAACCGCCCGCUCCUCCGGCGACCAGUCCCAGCUGAGCUUGCCCUCGGGAAGAGUCGUCGACGCCGUUCCCGUCGCCGGCAGAACUGCGGGCGUUUCGCCCCCGGAGCGCCGGCGUCUGCGACAGCGCAGGAAGCCGCACAGCCGGUGGGAGGCGGCGCCGCAGCGGUUGGGGUGCUGCGGCUGUCCCUGCCUGCCGCCUCCGUCGACCAGCAGCGGCAGCGACUGCUGUGAGGACGGGCCGGCGGCGGACGAGCUGCUGGGCCCGCUGUCGGAGCGCGUGCUAGGCUGGCUGGAGCUGUCGCGCGGCCCGACGCCGCCCCCGACACCUCCGCCCCAGGCGUCGGCGCACCCCACCGGCCGCCUCCGGCCUCCGCGGCGUAUCCUGCGCGCGGCGAGCCUGGAACUGGAGCCGCCGCCGCUGCCGCCCUCUGCGGUGUCGGGGCGCGCGCUGGCACACUGGGGCUCACGCUGCCGCCAGCCACCGCCUCCGCCACCAGUUUCUCCGACGCCGCCCGCGUCGCCCACGCCGCCGCCGUCGCUGGAGGCGGACCUGGAGGAGGAGUCGGAAGAGCGCUGCUGCAACCCACGCCGCCGCCAGCUGCACAUCUACCUGCCGCCCCUGGCACCCGACUGCGACUCUGCUAGCUGCCUCAGUGAUCCGUGA